ACUCAAGUUCUUUGUGGUGCUGGGACGGCAAACUUUUACAUGCUAAGACUCAGGAAGGGGAAAAUCUUUAUCCCCCAUGGAUCUCUAAAGUAAGAUGUUGGGCAGGACGAAGGGGGAGCUGCGUUUGUUGGGACUGCCUGAUACUUUUGGAAGGAUUUAACCUGCAGGAAGUGUGUGUCCUUUAUUCUUGAAGGUAAGUGUGUCUUUUCUCUCUCCAGCCUCUACCACUGUCAUCUGUUGUUGGCUCACAGAGGCAUAAACGCCUCAGUCCCAGAACUUAGAACCAUGAAAGAUGCCACCCAUGCCUCAAAAAGCAAACAAGGCAGUUCAUUUUGCCCACUUUCAGCCACUUGCUUUCAGAGGUAGAGGAAUAUGCAUGUUUCAAUCUGUGGAGGUUUAAAAUGGCCGAAGUGCCUUUUCUGGAAGAGGCUGGGGAGAUGACUGUUUCUGCGGAAAUAAUUGUGCUUUGUGGUGAUCCACAGGCAAGAGGGUAUGUGUUGGGAUCUACAAGUUAUAGGUUUGUGCUUUUAGAAAUGAAAGAUCAAGACUUCCUAAAGUACUUUUCCAUUUUUGCAGCACGGUCGCCUGGCUUUCACAGGGGGUUGAUUCCCACUAAAAGUCUAAAGCAAAGAAUAUUAAGGCACCUGCUAUAAAGCAGUUCUGAGAAAGAAAACGGAAUUAGCACAUUAUGCUUUUUUAAAAAAAAUAUUCUGCUGUUUUCUAAAAAAUAUCUUAAUUAAAAUUGAUACUAAAGGGGGGGGAGGAGGUGAAGACUAUUUGUGGCCCUCAUAGCUGCACUGAGGUGAUUAAAUGUAGGCUUUAAAUGCAAAUAACUUUUUGCCCUUGGGGAGUUAUAUCUGCUUUACACAUUGAGAGUUGUACAACAGUGUGUUCUGCUGCCUGUCUGCACCACCCAGCAAAUGUGCAGCUUACGUGAGUGUGCAAGCAGACAGCCAGGCAGCCGUGAGGAAACCUCUAGGAAUGCGAGGCGGAGGGGUGCUAUGACUGCUGCAGAACCUCUGAGUCCGUUUGUGGGCACAGGCACUUGGGAGCAGCUACGCACUGGACAGCCGAAAUGCUUUUCUGCUGAUGUCCUGACAGUGUGACGUGGCUAUUAAUGACAGGCAUGGGCCAUGCUUGCUGUUGGCCACUCCUGGUUCUCAUAAAGGUUUGGGAGGUGGUUUGCUGAGUGGGGGAAAUGGCCCAUAUCAACAAAUAAUUUCUUCCCAGUUUGAUAUUUAUGGGGCUCAGUUAUUCUGCUGAGGAAGAGGAGCUCCUUCGGAAAUUUUCGGGGAAUUGUUCAGGCUGGUGGUUUUUAGACAGCUUAGGCAGGUGAGGAAGUGUGUGUACUUUUGGUCAGCACUUAAUGCGUGUCAGGACUCAGUGCCCGCACCUCUUUUACAACACCAGGGCUUAAACAUUUGAAAAAGUAAUAAUAAUAAAAGAAAAACACCUCAGAGUGUCUUUCCCUCACCAAUGAGUAAUCCCAGCCUGUCCAUAUACAGCCAGGAUUAAGAAGCAGGGCUUCCCAGCACCUGUUUAUAGAAAGGAAGUAUUUUGUUUAUACCUUUUCCAGUGCUGCAAUCCAUCUGCUCUCUUCAAACAUUAACCAGGUAAUAAUGCAUUUCUCGGGGUCUUUUUAAGUAUAAGUUGGUUUCAGAAUGAAUUUCUCCUAGAAAUCCUGAUUUUGUUCUAACUAUGUUGAACUCUGGUCAGCUAUCCCCAUAACCUCUUGGGGAAAGUAGUGAGCAGUAGAAGCCAAGGGGGUGAUCUCUUUGUGAAUUUCUCUUCUGCCUCACUAGAUCAAAUAAAUCCCUAUGUGGAAAAUUGUGCAACUGUUUCCCUAAUGUUUCCCUCUGAGGAGAUUUUAUUAUAAAUUUUGACUGGUUUAAUAAUCAUUCACUCUCAAGAAACCACGAGAACGGUAGUUCUUUUUUAAAGUGUAGGAGAAGAGUUAGCUCUCAGUAUCUUGACCCAACUACAUUUCCUGGGAUUGGAAAUGGCCUACUCUUUUACCAAGAAAAGAAAGAAAACUAGAGGAUUUAUCAGGAGCCCCAGGAGUACUGGUAGUUGUGGGUCUACGUAGCCUACUCCUAGUAUGGGAAACCUUUAGCCCUCCUGGUGUUGCUACACUAUAGUUUCUAACAUCUCUCACCAGUGACGGUUCUUGCUGGAGCUGAUGGGAGCUAAAUGUUCAACACCAUUUGGAGGCCCCAGGUUCCCCCAUCCCUGCCCUAAGGCAGUCUAAGAGGCUCUGCACAUCUUGGGGAAAUGUGAAUUUCCUGGUUGAAUUUAUUAUAUUCCCUAGCCAUUAUGCAUAAUCUCCAAGAGGCCUUGGGGAAUGUGCUUAUACUGUCUUGGGUUUUGUUCACUGCCUGCUUCUGGCCCACUGCCUAAUCUUGUAUAAACCACAACAUACCUUCCUACUGAUCAGUCAAGCAGCAGAAAGUAUAUUAAAUAUAUAUUCCACCCUUCCUCCAAAUACCUUUUUUUCAAAAAUCCAAACCCCUUUUUAAUCACUCUCAGCUGUUCCUCAGAACGGCAUGCAUCUUCUCAGUCAGCUCUGCUUCUGGUUAAAGAAUAUGUGUUGCGUUGUGAUGAAAGAACUUUAAAGGUGAGGGUUCCCCCCUGCCAUUUUUUCUUAAUAAAUAUUAAAUUGCAUAUUUUUAUAUAAUAAACAGUAAUACGUGAUUUCAUUUAUUUCUGCAAUCGUUAAACUUCAGUGUCCACAUACCACCUCCUAAAAUAUUACAGCCUUAUUUCAUUUCAGCAGAGAAGGCAUCAAAUUAUUCAAUUUCAUAAAUGUCAGAAAAGGGCAUCAAGAUUUUUCAAACUGUUCCUUUUUCCAGCGAGUUAUUCUACAGAAAUAGACCACAUGGAAUGUUUUGUUUCACUUUUGAAAAUAGAAAUUCCUGUGUAGGUAAUAAUGCCCUAGCCCUCAUUUGAUUGCCAACUCUUAUUUCAUAGUUUUAAAAAUGCAACUAGAUAAAUCCAUAGUUUCAUCAAGACCCUUCAGAUUCCACCUGUCAUAUCCCACUGAUGGUAGAGAAUGCGGUACUAUCCCUAGCCUACCAGUUAAAAAGUGGCAAUACUAGUGGGGGGGGGGAGGCACUCUGCAUGUGCCAGAGCUAAGUCCUGGUUAGCUUUUAAGCCCAGCCAACCUGAGAACCUAUAUUACCUUCACCAGCCAUUCACCCGCAAAGAUGCCUGUGGUGUAAUUUCCCCCUUUCCAUCCCAAGGCUCCUAUUUGCUAGACACCUGAUGCUGGAAAACAUCCAGGUCAGCCUUCACCAGCUUGUUACCCUCCAGGUGCUUUGGGAGAAAUUGUUGUCCAAAACAUUGGAAGGGUACCAGAUUGGAAGCUUAACCUAGGUAUUUGUGGUUUCCUGUUAUGGAAAUCCCCCUCCCCCGGCCCACUUGGAUGGAGGAUUGUUGAUUAAGUGUGGUUUGAGUUUGGGGACAUUGCGAAUAAUGAGUGUGUGCGCGCGCACACACUCACCUGAAACUGAUGCUGUGAGCGCCACCCGUCCCACGGGUUUCUGGCUCCCACCUCCUACAAACAGUGGAGGUGCCUGGGUUAUGUCUUUGCGUCUUUAUUGUUGCACCUGCUUUCUUCCCCGUGCAGUAUGACAGAAAAAGAAAUUCUUGAGCCACCUGCAUCACCCACAUCUGAAGGGGGAAAAUCGACUGAAGGGGUAAGUUCUGUUGUGGGCUGUACUCUGGGAGGACAAGGGUGGGGUGACUCCCAUUUCUGUGUCCCAAUUCUUCCACAAUCAGCCAUGGGGUCUUUCUUGGAAGGACUCAGUCCUCCUUAAGAAUGUCCUACGAUGCCAGAACCUUUUGACUUUGGCCUGUUUGGGCCACAGUGGCUGCAACCAAUCAGAUGGGAAUAUCCUGCCCUUUGCAGUUUAGCCUGAGGACAUCCCAUCCCAACAAACCACCAAUAUACCUGUCUGGAAACCUGAGAUGUAAGUCUUGGGAAGAGCCAUUGAUGUUGCCUUAUUUCUAGGAGCACAGACUAUGGCACACUUUAUUCUCAUGGUUUCCCUGAAGGUUAUGGUUGCCAUUGGGCCAGCUUGUCCAACUUUAAAUAUAAGCAGUUAUCUUUUUGCCAUGAUCCAAAAAAGCUACUAAAGAAUAGAUUUAAGAACAACAUGUUUUCUUGAACAGAAAGCCAUCAAUCUAUAACCCAUGGGUUGCUAACAAACCAGAAUUUUAAAACUUUUAAAUAACAAAAUAAAAGCCAGCCUGUCUAGGUUGGGUGUUCAUUCAGAAAAACAAAACAAAACACUCUUCAUACACCAGGGCAAUUGGCAUGAUGUUUUCAACAAGUUGACUGCCCUUUUUUUUAGUAAAAGGUAAAAGUAAAGGACCCCUGGGCGGUUAAGUCCAGUCAAAGGUGACUAUGGGGUUGCAGCGCUCUUCUCUGUUUGAGGCCGAGGGAGCUGGCGUUUGUCCGCCAACAGCUUUCCGGGUCAUGUGCCAACAUGACUAAAUCGCUUCUGGCGUAACGGAACACCGUGACGGAAACCAGAGCACACGGAAACAGCUUUUACCUUCCCGCUGCAACGGUACCUAUUUAUCUACUUGCAUCAGAAUCAGAUUGGUGUAGUGGUUAAGAGCGGUAGACUCAUAAUCUGGUGAACCGGGUUCGCUUCCCCGCUCCUCCACAUGCAGCUGCUGGGUGACCUUGGGCCAGUCACACUUCUCUGAAGUCUCUCAGCCCCACUCUCCUCACAGAGUGUUUGUUGUGGGGGAGGAAGGGAAAGGAGAAUGUAAGCUGCUUUGAGACUACUUAGGGUAGUGAUAAAGCGGGAUAUCAAAUCCAAACUUCUCUUCAUCUUCAUAAAUCUGGAGGGGGCCGUGUAGGCCAUUUAUUUAUUUAUUAAAUUUAUUACCGGGCCUUCGCCAUAAGCCCUAGGUCGGGUUACAACAAUGGAAUAUAAAAUUAGAAAAACAGGUUUAUUUGUUUGUUUGUAAAAAAAAUUAUAGACUGCAGUUUCACUAAAAAUAUCAAAGUGGUUUACCAUUAUUUAUACAUAAUAAAAACCAUACAUGGAGGGGGGGACACAGAUCACCAACUAAGCAUUAUAGAAAGUUAUUAACUUAAUUGCCUGCUGACAAAGAAAUUUUCAGGAAUGUUUAAUGGUCAAUACAGAAAACACCUGAUGAAUUUCUAUUGGAAGAGCAUUCCACAGGGCUAGGCUGGUGGCACUAAAACCUCAGUUUUGUGUUAAUGUCAAAUGAGCCUCACCAAUUUGGAGGGCAACCAGCUAUACUCCUAUGGAUGAGUUCAGUGACUGAGAUGGAUAUACAGGUUGGGAUGGUCCCUAUGGGACCCUGGACCUAAAUUGUUCCAGGGUUUGUAAAUUAAUACAAGGAUCUUGAACCCGUCCUGUUGGUAGAUGUGACAAUGAGGUCACAUAUUGUCAGCCGUUUGCCCCCUUCAGAUAAAAGCAUCACAAUUCUAAGACAAGCAGAACCAUUUCAAAUGGGAUAGAACAAUAUCUAGUCCAAUGUUCUGCUUGAGCUAGGAAAUCCAUCAUGGUUUGUCCUGCUGUAUGGAAGGUUGCUGUUCAAGAAACUCAAGCCCCAACCUGCCUUUUGGUGGGGAAAAUUGCUUUUCUGGUGUGCUUUUGUUUUGGAUCUUGGUCUAAAUCUGCAAGGCAUGCUGGGAAUUUUGCAGCACAGAGGUCAAAGUUCUGCCUUGGAGGGAAUGUAUUGUUCCAGUGAAGCAUACAAAUGUAUUCAAGCUGUGUAAUUCUGUGGAAGUCUGGAAUUUUGAACAGUUUGCUGAAAUUUGGAAGAGUUGGCAGAGACUAGAUAAGUUUAGGCAUUGCACAAAGUGCCAGCAAACAAAUGUAUUGUGUCUAAAAGGCAUCUCACAGGGGGAAGCUGUGCUAGCUUUAGGUAACCUGCACAUCUUCUCAUUUCCCUUUGGACACAUUAGGAUGGAAGUGCAAACAGAGCUCCUUGUAGACACAUACACACAUGUGCGCAUGCACACACACACACUAGAGCUGUGUACUGGAUUCAGCCAAGUACCAAACCAAACCAGCCCUAUUCAGAGGGAUUUGAGCAUCAGCAAGUUGAGUUGAGACAGCCACGGAUCACUGUAAGUUGGGUUGGAUGGUCCAGAGCUAUCCAGAGCUGUCAGGCCUCAUCCCUGAAGUAGUACUCUGCAGGAUAAAUGCCUCUGAGUGGAGAAAACAAUUACGCAGUGUUGCAAGAGAGGUCAUUUGUGAAGGAUCAUCCCCUAGACCCCACCCCUCCAGCUCUCAGACAGUUUCUUCCCUUCUGUUUGUAUAUUUAAUAAUGAUUUUUUUAAACAACAACAACCCUGAAAUAUUAGCUCCAUCGCAGAACUAAUUCAGAACCAGGUGCAAGGUAGGUGUUGGCCCACUGUGGGUCAGCCUGAUUGGGGCUCCCAGAUUGGUGGAGCUGUGCAUCAGCAUAGACAGACACAUCUGUGAAGUUUUACUCUAUGAAGCCACUAUUAGAAAGCAAUAGGCCAUGCUGGCUUAUCCAGAGUCAUACUUCAAUAUCCUUUUAGCAAAUGACCAAUUUAUACUCUCAUCUCUGCACACUGCUGAAACGAGGUACACAAGCACUGUAAAACACAUCUGUGCCAAAGAUUAAAUUCCUAUACGGUAGGGAUAGCCACAUGGUGUCCUUCAAAUGUUCCUGAACUCCAACUCCCAUCAGCCCCAGCCAGCAUGGCCAGUGGUGAGAAUGAUGGGAGCUAAGAGCUAACAACAUCUGGAGGGCACCAUGUUGGCUAUUCCUGCUCUGUGGCAUCACUUUUACUUUAAACAAACCACUACUACCAAUACUUUAUGGAGAUGUGUGGGUUUUUGUGAGCAAUGAAGCUUGCCUGUGGAAAAACAAGGAGAUCAUUGAAAUUAGUAGCAUGUCUUUCUUGGGUCUCAAAAGAAUUAAAUAUGUUUCUUUUAUGGGGCAGGAAUUUCUUCAACAAUCAAUCAUGUAUGUCUGCAGAACUAAUGUUAAACUCAUCAUUCAGGGGAGGGCAUGAUAUUCUAGUUUCCCUUGGACGAGAGUACUGGAAACAUAAAUCGUUCUCAUAUCCAUUUUUGUUUACACAUGUAAAAACAGUGCCUAGUGUAAGCAAGUAAAAGCAAUCAGCAAAAGCAUUGAUCCUGCAUCAGAUUCUCAAAGCACCAAUCAGUAAACUCACAGCUCUAAACUUUCAGCUCUCUGCCUUUCUCCAAAUUCAAAGUUGCCUCUGCUUUUUGCUGCCCAUAUUUUGAGUGGUGCCUCAUUCUAAGGGUGGGGAAAGCAAGAUCUUAGGGUUGCCAUAUUUCAAAAAGUAAAAACCAAGACACCCUGGUUUGUUGAACUUUUUUAAAAAAGACCCCAAAUUGUUGAGCUAUUUUUCGAUCCAGGACAAAGCAGCCACUUUUCGGAAAUUCCCCCCAGACGCCAAUUUCGCCUUUGAAAUCCACGUGAUAUAUGGCAGCCCUAAGGUUUCCAACACAUCUCUGAUUGCUUACUAGUUUUCUUGCUGCUAGGCCCAUUUACGGUAAUCAAGACAGCCAACUUAUUAAGUACUUGGCAGUGCUGGUUGUCUCUUGCGGCUGUUAUGCAUGUCUGCAGGCAGUGCAUGGCAGUAGAUAAAAGCGUUUAACUUCAACACUGUAGUAGGUCCUGGCUUCAGAUCACACCAUGCUCAUACUCUUGUCGUGGGGUGUGUUGGACACAUCACUAUUUUUCAGCCAUUCCAUAUCUGUAAAAUGGGAAGCAUAGCCUACUUUAUAGAGUUGUCAUGUGAUUUAUAUGCUGAAGAUUAUUAUUUUUUAAAUGCAUAGAAGAUUAUUCUGAAUUGCAAGAACAGGAACACAUGGAAAAUCAGAGGUAUUGCAAGGGUAAAGUGGAGUGAAGUGAGGAGGGCCUUAAAAAUGUGUGCUCAAAUUAGAAAUAUCCCUGAUAAUCCAGUCUUUCCUGUUCUUUAGCAUGCAUUUAACAUGUGCACACAAAACAUUGUAUAGAUUCACCUUUUCUUAAGUGUUCAAAGUGUUUCAUGUACAUUCUCUGUAUUUCUCACAGUAGCCCUUUAAGGCAGACCAGUACAGACCAGUAUUAUCACAGACAUUAUUUUUUAUCAUUGUUAAUUUAUCAAUCACCUUAAAUAUGACCACCUUCUAUACAAUAGUUUUCAGGCAAUGCACAUUUAAAAAACAGCAAAAAAAGUUAGAUCCCCACAAAAAACACCCACAUCUGAUGCAUUUAAAACAAAACUAAAACCCAGUCAAGUAGAACCACAUGGCAAAGACUUUAUUCAGCUGUGGAGGCCCAUCAGAACAAAAAUACCUUCAGUUGUUUCUGGAAAGUUCAGGUAAUGGAUGUUGGUUGUAUCUCAACAGGAAAGCUGUUCUAUAGAACAAGGGCAGUUGCAGAUGAGGGGGCUGAGGCUGAAAGGGGGGCUUGCCUCAGUCCCUGCUAGUGACUCAGAGAUGGCAGAGAUGAGAUCUAACAAGAAGCUUCCAGAUUCUCAGCUUAGUCUUUUUUGACACUCACUGUGCAUCUGGCGUUAUCUGUUCUGGCACUAUCCAGCAAUGGUGAAUAUGCAGGAGUGCUUUGGGUUUUCUGUGAAGGGGGAUGAUGCAUGGCUUCCUUGGAACUGACUUCUCCAGCACCUGGUAGUGUGUAAAAAUUAGCUGGUAGGGAAAUACGCAACUUCUAGGGGCAGUAAUUGAAUUCUUGCAAUUAGAACUGAGGCAGACGCACCGCCUACUUUGAGCAGAUCUCCUCCCUCUUUGAAGGAACCACUAAUGUGUCUUUUCUUUUUAAUUCCUAUGGGAUAGAGACAUUUGAGCAACAGCAGAGGGAAACUGACUCUUGGAGCAUAUCUCUAAUACACACACUCCUUGAGAGUUUUUGAUUGCUCACAUGGAAUAUUCAGGUCAAAUUCCUUUUCAGGAGAAGCACAAGGCUGUUCCCCUACCUUUAGCUGAUAACAAUCAAGUCUCUCAACAGAGAAUUUGUGUUCUGACACAAUGUUUUGAAAGAUCCUGAGCCACAGCUCAAGAGUCGUCGGUUCAGUUAUUGUGUUUAGCUUUCUGUGGUGGCUGAAACUGGCAGCAGUAACCCAAGCUCUGCAAGAAUUUCCACAUUUGAUUCCACUGCCAAAUGUUAAGAUCCCAGGAGAACCUGUGUGCGCACAAAUAGGUGUAUGUGAAUGAAUGCAGGAGAGAUGAGUAUUGGCCGGUUCUCCUCCCCUGGGACAUGUUAGCGUCUGUAACCAUAGGAGUGGGGUUGCAUUUCAAGCAGCGCGGACUGCAUGCUUUCCAGUUUACUGAUGCCCCAGGAGUCCUCUGUGAGCUGACUUGGCUGCCCUCCCUGGCACCAGAAGCAACAUCUGGGUCAGUGACGCUUCCCCUUGCCCCCCUCGCCGCCUCUGCCUUUCACAAACUGCACUGCUCAGGGUCAAAAUGAACUUUAUCACAUCUGUGGAAUGAGGUUACUGGUGGUGUAAAAACUGGAAUUCAGAGGUAGUGGCACACACCCAGGUGCCAAUCAAGGAGAUGGAUGUGCUGGCCUGUGCGGAGGAAUGUGGUCCACCAUGAGCUCUAAUCUGGAGGAGCUCUGUUUUUAUUGCAGUAUUGUGUUAAUUAGCUGAAUAAUGCCAGGAUUUAUGUAUCUACAAUGGUUUCUUGCAAAAUAGUUUCCUGCCCCACUAUAGAUGUUAAUACAAGUGUCCCAGCAAUUUUCACCAAUCUGCCCCUGUAAAAGAUUAAAGCUGUGGCUAACAUAUAUUAAAGCUCUAAUAAUCAUUGACUUUAACUUUUGCAUCUCAUUGCCAUUCAGCUCUCAGAUUACAAUUUUCCCUCUUAAAUUUUACAUUAGGUGUCUGAUGAAAUUGGCCUGUGUCCAUGAAAGUUUAUGCUUUGUUAGUCUUUAAGGUGACGAAAGACUCCUUUAUUGUUUUUGCUACAAGGGACUAACACAGGACUACUCCUCUCACAAUCUGUCCAGCAGCUCCAGAGAAAAGUUGUGGAACAGUUGGAAAUGCCUGUACUUGACCUUGCUCUUGAGUUGUUGUUUUUUACCGGGUGGUGGAGCUUCAGACUCUUCUGGGAGUAGGGCUGGAGUAGGCUAACAAGAGGCUGGUCCAGGGCCCAUGAUUUUCAUAAUUUGGUGCUGGUUUUGAUGAUGCCAGUGGUAAAGGAAAACAUGUUUUUUAAAAUAUCACACACACACAUCCAUUGCAGUAGAAAAGCUACUAUAUGCUGUGAUUAUUAAAAUAUGAGAUGUAUAUGCUUGUACAAAAAAAAAUAUUAAAUUGUCCAACAAGACAAUUUAUGAUUCGUAAGGUCUAUAGGAAAAAGUUGACAGCUGCUGGGCUAGUGAAUUGAACGAUGGCUCUUUAGCCUGUGUCUCCCCUCCCCAUAUUUUUCCAGCAGACUUUCUGUCAUUACUAUUUUGGAAUGUUAUUAUGUACAUUUAUUCAAUUAAAUGUGCAUGUGUCAUCUCUCCCUUUUAAAAUAAAAGCAGCAUCAGUGGGAGGAAAUUGUGGAGUGGGUUGAUGACAUCGCCACUGUUCCAACCAAUCCAUGUGGUGCUGUGCUGGCUUCUACGACCAGUGCUGGGAACUUCAGGAGAUGGGACCUACAUUCCUAAUACGAGUAAAGAUAAAACAGGCAGAGGUAGCUUCCUGUAAGUUUUUGAUUCUGCAUUAAAAUUCUAUAUGCCACAAAAGGGUGGCAAGUGCACUUACUAUACCAGCUUGAUGGCUGAAAUAAUAUAUAUUUUGGGGGGGGGGAUGCACCUUAAGUGAAAGGCACACAAAGCAUCAGUGAUGGGUUUGGCUAUUUAAAGUUAGGAAUGCAAGUGUUAAGCAGUACAUUAAUGACCCCAAAAAUUAGUUGACUAAUUGGUAUGGGCCCGUUUUAAAGAAGCAAGGCUGCAAAGGUAGGGACCUUUACUUUUUUGAGGCUGUCUUGCUUCUGCUAUGUUUCUGCAACAGAAGAUGAUAAUUAAAAGAUUAGAUGGUUUUUUCUUUUCUUUGUUGUUAAAUUGUAAGCUAGCAUAUCUUUUGAUAUCCAUUCUCCCCAUCCACCCAAGAGCAGGUUUAGAAUCACAGAAUCGUAGAGUCAGAAGGGACCAUGAGGGUCAUCUUGUCCAACCCCUGCAGUGCAGGGAUCUUUCGCCCAGUGAUACCUUUUGAGUUUUUUUUGUCAUAGGCACAUGGACUUAAAAUUUAAUUUGCAUUAUUAGCAAGUUAAAGAGAGCACACCUACAAUAACUUGGGCUGCAUAUACACAAUUCAUUUAAACUACCGUAUUUUUCGCUCUAUAAGACGCACCAGACCACAAGAUGCACCUAGCUUUUGGAGGAGGAAAACAAGAAAAAAAAUAUUCUGAAUCUCAGAAGCCAGAACAGCAAGAGGGAUCACUGCGCAGUGAAAGCAGCAAUCCUUCUUGCUCUUCUGGCUUCUGUGAUAGCUGCGCAGCCUGCAUUCGCUCCAUAAGACGCACCCACAUUUCCCCUUACUUUUUAGGAGGGAAAAAGUGAGUCUUAUAGAGCAAAAAAUACGGUAUGUUUAAAGCACAUCCCCCAAAUAAAUCACAUUUCUUAUAGUGUAAUCCUGUGCAUAUUUACUCCGAAGUUAUUCCUGUUGUGUUGUUUGUUUAGAAAAUCAGACCGAGUCAACAAGCACUCCCACCCCCUGCUCAACUUGAAAUCUACCUUUUGCCCCCAGAAAGCAGACUGAUGCCUCUAAGCUUCACUUCCCCCCCCCAAUAUGCAAUAUGGUACUGCUCUGCCCUAGAAGGUUGUGGAAAAGGAUUGCUGCAAUGAGUAUAUGUGAAGCACUUGAAACUAUAUACCUGCUUUUAGAAUAAUUAUUAUUAAUCAGUUAAUAGCUAAAAAGCAGAUAAUUAAUCCACUAAAACAGAAACUAUCUUUAAUUAGUUGCUAGUCAUGCUUAGAAUGCCAUUGCAUGGAGAGAGUUCCACAAUGCAAAUUGUUUCUGUGACGUGGCUUCCACCCCCUGAGAUGUGGCCAUUGGAUGUUUUCUGCCACUGCAGACCAUCAGUUUGUGGGUGGUGCAAGGAAAAGCCACGAUGUGCAAAUGGGUGAGCUCUGUGGUCCAGUCUCCAUGCAGUUGUAUGGCUGCCACCAUGCUGCUUCUAUAUGUUCACUGGACAUUUGUUUGCAUUACCUGCAAUCCAGGGUUCUCUUCCCCUGUGUUUGCCAAAGACCCAAGGGGUGCCAUUGGUCUCCCCCCACCAUCACUUUGCCUCAUUUUUGAGCUACUCAUGGACAAGUUUGGAGCGUGCAUGCCAAUGGCGCUGGUUGCCAAGGUUCCCUGUUGGCAUCUAUCAAGUGCUGAUUGUCCACCACCCCCCAUCCCACCCUGCCCUCCCACCCCAUCCUGGACCUUCAGCUGCAGCGGCUAAAGCAGCUUUUCCAACGCAAGCCCAAUGAGGAGCCUGCCCCAGAGGAACCACAGGCCAAUGGGGAGCUGGUCAGCCCCUCUGGAGGACCCAUCUACUACAUCUAUGAGGAGGAGGAAGAGGAUGAAGAGGAGGAGGAGCCUGAGCCACCACCUGAGCCAGAGAAACCAGUUAACGACAGACCUCACAAAUUCAAGGAUCAUUACUUCAAAAAACCCAAGUUUUGCGACGUCUGUGCCCGCAUGAUUGUCCGUGAGUCCUACCUGAGGGGGUUGAACUGCAGGGGGAAUGGUGGUGGUCCCUCUAUUGGCAGGGUGCUUGGGCCUUUGGCAAUGGCAUAACAGGCAGAAGUCUGACAAGCAUGGCUUUUUCUCUCUCCGCACCUCUCUGGUUGUGGGGGGAGGAAGUUUCACUGCUGAAUGUCCGUCUGUCAUGUUAAAGACAAACAUAAGAUGGGCAGUUAUGCAUUGCCAAACAUUGUGCACCACACAAAAAGAACACUAAUUUGCAUAUUUGAUAAAUAUGCAUAGAUGCUAGUUUGGAUAGAUUUACUAUAAAUAGAAAUGCAAUGCACCUUGUCCUAGUGGUGAGCGCUGCAAACUCUUGAUGGGCGGCUUCAAGGCUUCAGCUUAUCAGUCCAAGAGGACACCUAGAGGACUGGCAUCCAAAUAAUAAACUGCCCCCUAUAAAUCAGGACACAUGGCCAACUUGGGCACAUGAGUCCUGUCUGUAAAAUGGUAGCAACCAUAAUGGGUAAAGGAGAGGGAGUGAAGGGGGAUGGGGGGAAUGGGGAAGGCAUGUGCUUCAGGGAGAUGGUGAGUCAUGAAGAUGAAGUGAAGGUGCAGAUGGGAGAAGGUAUGGAUUGUGUGGCUAAAUCAGGCUUCCACAAACUCAGCCCUCCAGAUGUUUUGAGACUACAAUUCCCGUCAUCCCUGACCACUGGUCCUGCUAGCUAGAGAUCAUGGGAGCUGUAGGCCAAAAACAUCUGGAGGGCUAAGUUUGAGGAAGCCUGGACUAAAUGCUGGAUAUGAUGGUGGCUCACAUAUAUAUAACUAGCAGCCUUAUACCCAACAUUGCUUGGGAAUUCUAAGAAACCAGUACAGUUUUGAAAGCAGUGUUAAAAUAGUGCCAUUGUGAAAGUUUCAGUCCACUAACUUGAUUCAAAAUGGUGUCCAAUUUGGCUACCUUAUCUUAAGCAGUUGGGACGCGGGUGGCACUGUGGUCUAAACCACUGAGCCUAGGGCUUGUCGAUCAGAAGGUCGGCGGUUCGAAUCCCUGCAGUUGGGUGAGCUCCCAUUGCUUGGUCCCAGCUCCUGGCAACCUAGCAGUUUGAAAGCACGUCAAAGUGCAGGUAGAUUAAUAGGUACUGCUCCGGCGGGAAGGUAAACUGCUUUUCCGUGCACUGCUCUGGUUUGCCAGAAGCGGCUUAGUUAUGCUGGCCACAUGACCUGGAAAAACUGUCUGUGGACAAACAUCGGCUCCCUCAGCCAGUAAAGCGAGAUGAGCGCCGCAACCCCAGAGUCGUUCACGACUGGACUUAACUGUCAGGGGUCCUUUACCUUUAUCUUUAUCUUAAGCAGUGCAUAGUGAAUGGAUGAACAACUUUCCAAAAUAUAUAAAAAUAUAUAAAAAAUGUCACUGAGUCAGAGAUGAGUUUUCAUCAUCCAAGGUGGCCAUUUUAAAGUUGAGAAGGUAAAGCCCACAUCUCUCUUUCCUAUUAUGCUGUAGUGAGUACAUAGUGACUGGAGCCGCUUCAAGAGAACUGUAAUGCAACAGGGAGGGAGGGAAUGAAGUUAAUAGUCAUAGCUCCUUCCCAAUUUUGAAAGAACUGGGGGUUGGGGAAUUUGCAACAUGAUCCAUCUGUCAUCUUCUCCCUUCAUAUCAUGACACGCAUACCUAUGACUGGAAAGGGAAUAAAUAAUGCAGCUCUCUCUUAUGAGGUGAGGACUUGUGAUAUUCACAUGAGAUGCAAAAGGGUUUGCUCAUUGAUAAUUUCUUCCAGCACAAUUGGUGUCCCAUAUGACACCAAUCAGCCUCUUGGCCAGUUGCCAGACCCACCCGCAAAUGCAAUUGUUGUUUCACUGAUUUGCCCUUCCUAUCCAGCCUUUUCUGGUCCUUUCAAAAGUGGUAUCUAGCUGGCUUCCUUUAUAAAGGAAAGCCACUCUGCAUCUGCUCAGAGGCAGUUAUAAGUUCCAGUAUUUUGAAAGCAGACACUGGCAAUCUUAAGACCAACGCAAGUGCGGAAGAAAACACUGGUUUUAAAUGCAGCCCCUCCCCCCCUCCAAAAAUAUCAUGUACACAGAUGUGUAAGACAGAUAAGGAGGGAAUGUGUCAAAGCUAAGCUGCAAGAAAUGAUCCACGGGUACCAGAGCCAGAAAGGAAUUGCUGCUUAGGCAAGGUCUCAGACCAACCAGGAGCCCUUUUUAUAGGCCUGCCUGCCUGGAAGAGCCCAAUAGCCAGCCGGGGGGGGGGGGAGCAGGGCCAGUCCAGAGCCUGAGGCUACUUCACUGGCAAGAAAAUGGUCCAAGCUGCAGUUCUCACCACAUGGGGCAGUUGCACACAGAACUGAAGAUUUCUGCCCUGACAGCUCUUGAUGCAGCGUGAUUCAAAGUGCCAAAAGGGUACACACUCAGGGAGUGUUGAAGUUUCCCCGCUCAUCCACACAUACCCACCCACAAGCUGGGCUCUAUACUGAAGUGAGACCAAUUGGGGGAAAUGGCACCUUCCAUCUUGUCUUACAUGUGAUUGGACAGGCCCAUGUUAAAGGACAUGAGCAUGCUGCGGACACCUCGAGUUUAGUCCAGGGAUGAGGAAAACAUUUUGCCCUUCAGAUGUUGCUGGACUCCACCUCCCAUCAGCCCCAGGCAACGUGGCCAAAGUGUGGCCAGGGACAAUGGUAGUUAUAGUCCAGUGACACUGGGAAGACCUCAGGUUCCCAAUUCAUGAUUUGGUCUGCAGGAGUUGCAAGGGUGGGGGGCACGGUUGGCAGGGGGUUGGCUCUUACAGCCCAAAUUGCCCUCAACAGAUUGGUUUUUUUCCUACUGUAGUCAAUAACAAAUACGGCCUGCGUUGCAAGAACUGCAAAACCCACAUCCACCACAGCUGCCAACACUAUGUGGAGUUCCAGCGCUGCUUUGGCAAGAUUGUAAGUAUUCCCUGCCUGGCCCCAUUGCCCAAGUUCCAGCUUCCUGCCACUUAACAUGAUAUGCCAUGUGCCUUAGGCUUGGGCCGCCAAGUUCACAGGUUGCUUUGGCCACCAUAAGCUGGAGGGUGGGAAAUGUUUUGGCAUGGAGAUAAAAUCUUCCCCAAAGAGACAUGCUAAUUUGACAACUGAGAAAUUUCUUUGAUUGCUUUAAAUAGGGAACAUAACAGAAUUUGUAUGCUCAAAAUACUUUUGUGUUCCUGGGCAGUUUAGUGCUUGCAGCUUGAGUAAAUCGAGCUAAAACAGGAAGAAUUUGUGUCUGCGUGCUGUCAUUAGAAGCAUGGAUCUGGUAUAGUGUUGAGUUUGAUGACAUUUAAAAAAAAAAAUUACAAGGACAGAGAAUAUUGCAAUAAUUGCUUUUGAAAAUGUAGAAAAACCAUUUUAUAUUGAUGUGGAAUCAUCAGCAUCUUAGCGGUAUUAUAGAAGUGUAUUUUUUUAAUCCAUGAGAUAGAUUCUUGUUCCUCUAGGGUGGGAGUUGUAUUUCGUUCUUCUGUUGGUAUAUAUCUGAAAAGCAAUUUUAAAAAGUUAAGAAAAAGAAAACUGCAUUCAAUCAAGCUGUUCAUAAUAUUUACUUCAGGGAUGUAGUCCAACAAUACCUGGGGGGCCCCAGGUUGGGCCAACUGUUUUGCUCCUUCCACAGUAGUCCCCAAAGAAUCACCAGAGGCUUUUUCUGCAACUGGUGAAAAUAUUUCCAAAAAUUGAUGUUCCUGCCUCUCUGAGGAUAAGCUGGUCUACUGGCAGCGUAUUUAGGAAAGAGUUGUCCUUCUUCCUUAGUUUUGGACGAGGCUGGGUUCUCCCUUUCACUUGUGCGUCACACUCUUCUUUUGCCCUGCAGCCCCCAGGUUUCCGCCGUGCUUACAGCUCUCCAUUAUACGGUGCCGAACAGCUUUCUGGUGGUAAGUAACCUGCUGCAAGCCUCUACCCAUUCCAAAGGUGGGCUUCCAUUGCCACAAACAGCAGCCUAAUUUUGUUGCUGUUGCUUUUCACUCCACAGCAAACCGAAGUGACCCUGUGUUUGAGACGCUGCGGACAGGUGUUGUCAUGGCAAACAAAGAGCGCAAGAAAGGGCAGGAUGACAAAAAGAACGUAAGGGAGAUGGUGUGGGGAAACAAUCAUGACACAGGAGGGUAGCAUAGCAUCGUCUCGUAACCAUAGCAGCCAUGGCAAGUGCCCUCCAGAGAGGAGUGAUGGAAUCAGGACUAAAUUAGCUCUUAAUUAAAGGGUUAAUGGCUUUACAAUAAAAUAAUUAAAGGGUUAAUGUGGCUUGCAGUAUUUCAGACCUCUUCCUCACCCCACUCCCCUUCCUUGUUGCUAUACAUUUAACUUAUCCACCCCGCCGGAUGGCUGCAGCCCUCUUUCUCAAGCAUUCUGCCAGAGUCUGCUAAAAAUAUCAGCUGUGCAGCUUAGCUCCCCCUUUCCAACCAUAACCUUGAGGAAGAGUUUAUCAGAUCCCACAGUGUAGACAUUUUCUUGUCCACAUCUGCUGCUGCUGCUUCUGUGGGGCAGAUAAAUGUGCAAUGUUGUAAAGCGAGACCAUGGGUAAGAGAGCUACAAUAUGGGGAAGAGGAGUUGUGCCCAUAAACCGCUGUUGCCAGUAGCAGCCAAUAGCAAUAGUAAUAUGUUUUACAAGUAAAUUUAUGAAAUAUGCAAAAUAUCUUAUAAUGCUAACAUCUAACACAUAAUACACAAUAAAAAUCUUAAAUAUAAUAUUUAAUGCAUGAUUUCGUUUACAUUAAAAACAUAGUACAAAAUGCAGCCGACCUGUCAACAUUUAAUUAUGCAUGUGCAAAUACAAAUUACCGGUACAUCAUUCCUACUGCAUUAAUUAAUGUAAAGUAUAGCUCUGUUCUUGGACAAUAGACGGGGUAGGUAAAUCUGACUUCUUCAGCUCUUUAGCAGGGAAGAUGAUACUUAACCAUUUUUCCCAGCCUUGGAAGACUUAAGGAUAUAGCAGCUUGAGGUUGGCUGCGAGUUGGCAACCCUGUCUCCCCAGAUCCUUCUCUGGAGACCUGUAUAAACCACCCACAAAUUGUGAUUAUUUCCUUAUCCUCUUCAUGCUCCUAUGCACAUUGUCUUGGAAAUAUCUACCAGAAGCUCCUGAGGCCUUGCCUAGUUUCACAUAACCCAGAAUUCCCUGCUGUGUGCCCCAACCCUGAGUCUUGUGCAGCCUCAGUUAGUGAGGAUGCUUCAUUCUAGUCAACUGCAACAAAGCUGAUGCCUUCUGAUACAUUUCCCAUGCUGCUUUCUAGCCAUUGGCUGCUAUGAUGGAGGAGGAAACAGAGGCCCCUAAAAACGAGGGUGGCCAACCUGAGGCAGGUAAGUGCCAGACCUUGGAACAACCCUGCUCUUCAAAGACUUUGCAGUCCAAAGGCUUAUUUGUUAGAUCUGGAACUCAGGUAGACCAAUUCUAGAAGAGACCAGAUGAACAAUAAUAAAAAGGGGUUGUGGAAAUUUAUCACCAUAAAUGAAACCUAGCCACGCUGUAUCAUACAGUACAUACAAAUGUGGACAUAGAGAGCCAUAUAGGACUCCAAGGCCUAGGUGUCUAAUGAAACACCUUCUUCCAUAUACAGUGGUACCUCUGGUUACAGACGCUUCAGGAUACAUACGCUUCAGGUUACAGACUCCGCUAACCCAGAAAUAAUACCUCGGGUUAAGAACUUUGCUUCAGGAUGAGAACAGAAAUCGAGCAGCGGCAGCAGGAGGCCCCAUUAGCUAAAGUGGUGCUUCAGGUUAAGAACAGUUUCAGGUUAAGAACAGACCUCCGGAACGAAUUUACUUAACCUGAGGUACCACUGUACCGUAUAUACUCAACUGCAUGAGGCACAUUUUAUUGCAUUACGUACAAUAUGAUCAAGCAAGGGACCUAUUGAUUAAACCACUAUUGGCAAAUCGGCCGGGUCAAUCCGAAGCCUACUAUAUCAGAUAUCUUCUGGACGUCAAGUCCAACGAUAUCACAGUGGCCAUGGCAAAGUUUCUUUCAGUAGUCAUACAAAUCAAAGAUCAACAUACCCAUGACUAAACAAAUAACACUUCAGUCUCCCUUCCCUAGGGGGUUGUCUAUAUGAGUCUGUAUUUUAUUCUGUAUCUAUGGGCCAUAAGAUUAAUAAUAAUAUACCGUAUUUUUCCGUCUAUAAGAUGCCCCCAUGUAUAAGACGUCCCCUAUUUUGGGGGACUCAGAUUUAAGAAAAUGGGGGGAGAUAUAUCCGUGUAUAAGACACCCCCUAAUUUUUGACAUUAUUUUUUAGGAAAAAAACCUAGUCUUAUACACGGAAAAAUAUGGCAUAUGUCUCUGAACAAGAUCUGGUGGGGAUGCUAUUGAUGAUGCCACAUUUGGUAUGCAAUACCCCUGGCGGGGUGCUGUGUGUAGAGAGGGGAUUCCUGAAACGCUUUUUUGAUGUGUCUAGAUUCAGCCAUAAUCUAUAAUAUUAUAUUAUAGAUUAAAUAGUUUGGCAUAUUGAGAAUCUUGGAUUUGAUUUUAAGAGCAGCAUCCCACACUCUAUGUGUGCAAAAAGAAGCUUGAAAAUAUAUGGGCUGAGAUAUAGGAACAACAGCUGCCUUAUACCGAGUUGGUCCAUUGCGCCAUCUAAUUUAGUAUUGUCUGCAUUGACUGAGCCCUGGAAAGUCUAAAGCUUUAGAAAGUCUGAAACUUUACAGAAUUUCAGACAGUAUACAUCCCCAGUUCUAUAUGGAUAUGUUGGGGACUUUUUGCAUCCUCCCCUUCACCAUACCAGAAGGAGUCUUAUUGGGAUUUCUGAAGAGUUGGACUUCAGAACUUUCCUUUAGUGCCACUUUACCUGUAGAAUGAAUGAUGCAAAAUUAACAAAUGUGUGCCAGUUUGCUUUACAUAAUUUAUGUAGAUGGAGAUAUCCAGCUCGUCUUGGUGCAGAAGUUGGGUUAACUUCCUGCAUAAUUUUAAUCAUUUUAGUUAGCCCUUGCUCUUGUUUACCUAAUAUAUAUUCAAUUCAAAUGUUUGUGAACUCAUCUUUAACAAGUCUCAGGUUCCAAGGGAGUGACAUAUUGAGUAUUUGGGACAAUAUUGCCUAGUGAUUAUUAUGGAGGGUGGCAUUCUUCCAAACCCUUUUGGAACUUGUGCCAGGUUUUAUUUCCUGGGCCUUCUGACACUGCCAUAAACACUGGGAUAAGCUGGAUUCUCUUUGCAGGUCAGCCAAGGGCGCUCUUGGAGUAGGAAAACACGGACAGACAUCUUUAGGGGUAGAAUGCAUAAAAUUUCAAACAAGACUAUAAAUGGACAGUUUGUUUAUUUGUCGUUCUGAUGAAUUGGAAGAGUGGGCACACGGGUGGGUGGGUGGGUGUAUGCAGUCGCGGAGAGCAGGUGGGGCGCUCAGCGCUGGCAGGGGGACAGCCGCGAUGGCACCCCACUGGGAUUGCGCUGCCGGGGGCGCUGCGCUCCCCCCGUACUCCUCUUCCUCCGCCAGUGGGUGUAUGUUUGCAUGAGGCUCCAGAGAAAGUGGCUGCUGUCUGUGUCUUCCUCGAGACAAUGCUAACAGGAACAGGUGUCCUGCAGGGACAUCUCUCUCUCUCUCUCUCUCUCUCUCUCUCUCUCUCUCUCUCUCUCUCUCUCUCUCUCUUUCCCUCGCUCCGUCCCUUAAGGAUGGGGCAAAAAAAUUGAAUCAGUUCACAUGUAAAUGCAAACUCCAAGAUAAUUUGUGAACCAAAAUACAGCCAAACUUUGAAAUCUACAGUUCUUCAAAUUUACAAUGCAGUUCUCUAACCAAGUAAUGAGUUAAAAAAAAUAAUCAUAUAUUUGGGGAAAGUGCAAAAAAUGCAUAUACAGUGGUACCUCGGGUUACGUACUUAAUUCGUUCUGUAGGUCCGUUCUUAACUUGAGGUACCACUUAAGCUAAUGGGGCCUCCCGCUACCGUUGCGCCGCCGGAGCACGAUUUCUGUUCUGAUCCUGAAGCAAAGUUCUUAACCCGAGGUACUAUUUCUGGGUUAGCGAGUCUGUAACCUGAAGCGUCUGUAACCCGAGGUACCACUGUAUUAGAGAAGAUAACAUUCAAAAUGCAUUAUAUUAUGUCUGUUAGAAGGAAUUCACACUAAAAUCUGAUGAAUUACUUUUCAGAAUAAAUAAAUUGCAAUUAACAUAGAAAUGUGGAAAACUGAAGACUGGAAAAAUGACAAAGUGAGAGAAACCAAAAUUGACCCAGCAGCCCACCCCUAAUGGAGGGCCACCAUUUCCCUCUCCUUACUAGCCCUGGAGUGGAUAGACUGGUGCUGCUGCCUUGCGGCACUGAAGGAAGAACAGGAAAGUAAAGAAGAAGAAGCAGGACCUAAUGUUCUGCUUCUUCUCCUUUGACUGAAUGGCUGUCGCAGUUAUGGCAGUCAGCUGCACCUGUCAAGGGGGGGGUGCGGGAUGUUUUGACACUGUGGGCAAAGCGCCCUGCUGCUGUCUCCCUGACGCUUCCUGCCCCUGCCACCACUCCUGCAUUGCCACUGCAGCAGUAUCCUUGCUCCUGGCGGCGGCCAUACUGGAGUGGGGCGGCUCUGCCACCUGGGGCAAAUUGCUUCACCUCGUCUCAUGGCGGCGCCGACCUUGGCACCUGUAAUUCUGGUGAGAGUUGCUGUCUUCCUUGUACUGGUCUCUAGUAGAGAGGGGGGAGGGAGAGAGAGAGAACAUGGAAAGGCAGGCAGGGGUGAAUAAAAUGCACAGAGAACUAAACUGGGAACUGCUGCAAUCUUGUACGUAAGGGUAAUAAACAUAGUAAAAGCAACAAUGGUGAUUUGGAGAGAUUCACUAUAUAGAUUCCUCAUUUUUCGGCCCUGAAAACUCAACCAGGAGAGAGUGUAGUGAUGCCUGGGGAGUGGACAAAUUUGAGUUUCACUCUUCUUUUAUCUCCUUCUCUCCCUACUUAUGCCCCUAUCUGAAUGCUGGGUUUUUCCUUUUUGUGUCCAGGAAAUCCAGAAGCACAGAAGGCUGAGAAGAAUGCCCCUGAUGAUAAGGUACCUGACUCUGCCUGCCCCCUUUCCCCCCUUUGGGAGGUGGGGGUGUAAUGUGUGCCCUUCCUGAAGUGAGAUGCCAACAGCACUGAGAUGAUGCACGUCCUCACCAACCCACAAGCCUCCUCCUCCACAGCCAGAAAUCCCCUGGUUUAUCUUCCCCACCUUCUGAUAUCUGCUGUUCCUGCAUUGCCUUUUCCUGAUUUUCCUGUGGUUUUUAUUUAUUGUUGCAAAUUGUCCUGGAGGCUUUUUAACUUAAGGCUGCUAUGGAAAUACUUUUUUAAAAAUGGACAGGGACAGAGUAUAUAGCACUGUGAGGAGGCCAGUUUACAUGGCUGCCUGGGGCUGGUUCUUCCUGCUUGCAAGGAGCUGCUUGAACUCUCUGGGGCAGUUAUUGUGCACCACUGAAGAUCUGGCAGUUGGGGAGGUGGCUCUGUGCCCUACUUCACAGGACACAUUCCUUUACAGUGGUACCUCAGGUUACAUAUGCUUCAGGUUACAUACACUUCAGGUUACAGCCUCCGCUAACCCAGAAAUAGUGCUUCAGGUUAAGAACUUUGCUUCAGGAUGAGAACAGAAAUCGUGCUCUGGCGGCACAGCAGCAGCAGGAGGCCCCAUUAGCUAAAGUGGUGCUUCAGGUUAAGAACAGUUUUAGGUUAAGUACGGACCUCCAGAACGAAUUAAGUACUUAACCCGAGGUACCACUGUAUUUUGAAUUCAGUGGAGAGUCUUCUCUUGGAAGGUGUCCUCUGUUUGAGGCCUGUCCAAGUCUCAUUUCAAGAUAAAGAACCAUAAAACUAAAGAAUAGAAGCACGGAAGUUGCCCAUCAACCGUUAGCAGCACCUGGUGAGCAGACUGAGCAGGCGCACAAAUCACUUUUGGUCUUCCCCACUACGAUGAGAUGUAUUGUAUUGCUCUUUAUAGUCACUAUUUCUAAAUUUGCAUUUAUGCACACUGAAGUCAUUGUUUUAGGUGGUGCAAAAAUCACUCUUUUUGCAAUGCACAACUGUCCACCUUCUGUGGCCAGGGUGGAUUUUGGGAAGUGUUUGUAUAGGCCAUUCCUUUUGAACCUUGAAGAGACCUUGGGUUUCCUCGAUGAUCUCCUAAACUCCACUGCUUAAGUCUUGAUGGGCUCCUUUCUUCCCUUGGACAGAAUAAGAAGCAGCAACCGGGGUUCCAGCAGUCUCACUACUUCAUUGCACUCUAUCGCUUCAAAGCUUUGGAGAAGGAUGACCUGGAUUUUCAGUAAGUGGUUUGGAAUUUGUAUGUGUUGGUCAGCGUUUACCAAGCUCAGAUGAUCUUGAAUUCACUUUCUUGCAGAGGCAAGUCCCAGCAUGGAAAUGUUUGGGUUGUACAGUGGUGCCCCGCAAGACGAAUGCCUCGCAAGACGAAAAACUCGCUAGACGAAAGGGUUUUGCGUUUUUUGAGUCGUUCCGCAAGACGAAUUUCCCUAUGGGCUUGCUUCGCAAGACAAAACGUCUUGCGAGUUCUUGCGAGUUUGUUUCCUUUUUCUUAAAGCCGCUAAUAGCCGCUAAGCCGCUAAUAGCCGUGCUUCGCAAGACGAAAAAACCGCAAGACGAAGAGACUUGCGGAACGGAUUAAUUUUGUCUUGCGAGGCACCACUGUAUUUCUCAUAUCCUUAGCCAACCUGAUGCCAACGGAAUCUAGAUCUUAUAGGUUACUCCUGGCUGUCACCUAUAAACCAUUUCACUUGGCGCAGGAUGUGGCUGCUUGCUUGCUUGCUUGCUUGCUCAUGGAAGCCAGACAGUCAAAACAUGCUAUGCUGAUUCUGUACCAGUUGGGCAGUUCCAGACCCAAUUCAUAAUAUUGGGUUUGACUUUAAAAGCCCUAACUUAAAUGGCUUGGAGGAGCCAGGUUAUUUGAAGGACCUGCCUCUAGACAUAUUUGUUUACCUUUAUAUCCUGGCUUUCUUCCAAGGAGACCACAUGUUACCUUCACAACAGCCGUGUGACACAGGUUAGGCCUGAGAAGUAGGGAUUGGCCCAAGGUCACACAGUGAGCUUCAUGGCUGAGUGGGGGUUUGAACCCAGUGCUUCAAGACUGGUGUUGGAGGCCACACUCAUUGAAACUUCCUUUAAAUUCAGUCAGACUGGCAGCUACUAUGCACAGGGCUUUCCCUGUGGUGGCUCCUUCCCUUGUGAAAGUUCCUCUCAAGGGCUGUACCCUUGGUCCUCCUCAGUUUCAGUAUUUAAAAAGACUUUGAAAGUGCACCUCUUCUACAAUGUCUUUUAACUGAUGGGAUUUUUGGCCAUGCUGCCGUUGCAUUGAUGUAUAAUUGCUUUGGCUCUUGAAAUGUUUUUUAUACUGGCAGAAUUAUAUUUUAAUGUAUUGUUGGGGAUGUAUUUUUUAAAAGGUUGAAAGGUUAAUUAUAAUAUUAUUAUGUUUCUGCCACCCUAGGUUCUUUUGGGAGGAAGGACAGAGUAGAAAUUUAAUAAAACAAACGAACAAAUAAAAUAUUUGUAGUUUGUUCACUGACUUGGGUGGCAUUGGUGGCUUAUAAAUGUUGAAAUUUAACAAACUAUACAAAAAUUUAAAAAACCAUAUCAAGAACCAUAUUAUCAACCACCCACACACCCACAAUUGUAUGUAAAACCAAUUUCAAAUCUAAAAUUAAGGAUUCCCCCAAUCCUGUGACUUCCCUCCACCCACCCCGAUUCCUUAAUUUUCCUUUCCAAAUGCAUAUCAUUAUUACUCAAAAAAAAUAAAAAUAAAAAAUUCAUCCAAUUUAUCCUAUAGUAUAUCUAAGAUUACAAGUGUUCUUAAAAUCCUGUCAAUGUAUUAACAACUUUUUUAUAUAUACAUUAAACAUUUCCCAAUCUUUUCCAAAAUUCUUAUCGUCCUGGUCUCUGAGCUCAUGUUUCCAUUUCUGACACUGAAAAUAAUAUUAGUGCUAGGGAACAAUAGUGAUGGGUAAGUUUGCUUUUCCCAGUUGAAUGAGCAGUAAUUUUAUAGCUAGUGGUUUGGUGGUGAUGACACUGGAAUAAUAAAAAGUAAACUCAGUUUCCCCUCAGUAAUAUACCGUUGCCAUUCUGGGGAAAACAUCUGAAAGAUCACAGCUGAAAGGGGGAAAGUAAAGCUCUUCAACUCAGUAAACACACAUUGAUUCUUCAGGGUGGGAUGCAAAUGUAAUGAACAGUUAGAACUGAGGAGCUGAGCCAAAAGAUCCAUUGUCAGGUUUUACUUCACACUGAAGGAUUUCCUUUAAAAAAAAAAUUAUUAUUACACUUAUAUGCCACUUUUUCUCCAAAGAGCUCAAGGUGACAUACUUGGUUCUGCCUCAAGAACCUCUAAUCCUGAGUGAAUGACAGUAUUCCACAUGGGGAGGUGAAUGCUGGGAUUUGACUUGACAGCUUGACAGCCAUCUUAGAACAGCUUCUCAUGGGGUGUGAAAUAUACUCAGAGUCAAGAGUGGAUUUCAUGCUCUUUAUUCAGCUCAUAGUGGUGAGGAGGAAUGGAAGUUCCCCCACUAUAUCUGCUUUAUAUACAUUAUUUACACAGUGGGCUGCACGUGAUUGGCUAAUUCCGGGAUUCUCCUGUAGGCCAAUCAGAUUGUGGAUUCACUUCCACCUGGAGCUGGAUUGGGUGGCUCCUGCGGACCAAUCAUACUGCUGCAUUGUUCUAGGACCAAUCAGACUACUGCAUUCUAAAUCCUAUUCUUUUAGGACCAAUCAGACUGCUGCAUUUUGGAUCCUAUUCAACUCAGUACAUAACAGGGUGCUAUGACAAUACGGCAUCGCAUGUGCAGAUUUGGGCAAAAAUAGGGAGGAGAGCAGAGCCCCACCCAAAACAUAUCCCAGCUGAUGCCUUCACACUAAGGCCACCUACUGGGUCUUGUUGUGAUGUGUGGUGCAGAAGAAUAAAUAUGGCAGUGCUAGACAACUACCCAUGCUCACUGAUGACUUCCUUGCUUUGCUGAGUGGUGGUAGCAAUAAAAGGGGAGGUUUGUUUGGGCCGGUCUUAGUCAAGUACCUAGGUUGGGGGACAGAUAAACCUGUCCAAGACUCCAGAAUUUCUGUGGGCAAAUUGGAACGUAUGGUUUACCAUCAUUUGUGGCGAUAUUUUAACUCCAGACUCAUUCUCUUUCAGCCCGGGGGACAAAAUUGCCAUUGUUGACGACUCCAAUGAAGAAUGGUGGCGGGUAAGAAAAGGGAGCUGACUGCCUUGAGGAGAUGUGCCAUGGAGGGGCAGGGAAGAUACAUAACAAGCAGAAGAUAACUUGUGUUUCAGCUUCAGGGUCAAAUCUGGUCAUUUGAGGGGAAAGUGUUUGAUCUCUUAGAACGGAUGUACAAAAGAAAAAUAACUUUAAUAAGUGGUGGGGCCACAAACAUUAUUUGGGGCUUGUCUCAGUUGUGGUUUCAGAACUAUCCCCCUUGAUGUUGACUUGCAGGCUCCCUUGAUAUCUGAGUUAUGGGCUUCUAUCUACCGCUUCAGUGCUAGUCAGGGCAUGUUCACAUGGUAAAUGUAAACUGGUUUAACUAUGGAUGUUGCCAGGGGCUCCCAAACCCUGGAACUUUUGUGCUGGGCCCUGUACCUCCUGCCCCUUUCACCACUGCUGCUUUAAAUGUUUAAAUACAUUUGAACUGUCCUAAUUAGUGGCAAGCAGAAGAAUGUGGCUUUAUGGUGGUUUGACUUCUUUACACCUUAACCCCAUGUGCGGCACUCUUGUAGGGCAAGAAGAUUGGAGAGAUUGGCGAUAAAAUUGGAUACUUCCCACCAAACUUUAUUAUUCGGGUACGUGCAGGAGAACGGGUACACAAAGUGAUGCGGUCCUUUGUGGGCAACAAAGAGAUUGGGCAGAUCACACUAAAAAAGGAUCAGGUAAGUAACUUGGAGGCAACUCUUAUCCUUUCACAAUUAACACCCUAUCUCCCUGCUGCCUGCCACUCUUACAGUAGGAAUGGAUGAAUCAAUCUGAGUCAGUUUCACAUAUGGUCAUUCAUAAGUUCAUUCUAUGCAUUUCUACAUUAAAAACAAAAACACAUACAUGGGAAUUUACAUUAUUUAAUGUCAAAUACGCAUUUUUAUAUUCAUUUUGUACAUUUCCUGAGUCAAGAACCUUACUGCAAAAUUCAGAGAAGUGUUGAAAACCAAAGGAUACCGUAUUUUUUGCUCUAUAGGACGCACUUUUUCCCCUUCAAAAAUGAAGGGGAAAUGUGUGUGCGUCCUAUGGAGCGAAGACGCCAUAGCCCCGUGACCCUCUCCCGGCUGGAGAGGUGACGCGCGGCUAUGGCAGGAGCCUCUCUGCUGCGCCUUUCCGCUGCUCCCUGACCUGCUCUUUGGGGCUGGUGGUGGGCUUCCCCCCGCCAGCCCCAAAGAGCAGGUCAAAGGAACCUGAAGCCUGGAGAGCGAGAGGGGUCAGUGCACACUGACCCCGCACGCUCUCCAGGCUUCCAAGGUAGCCGCCUGAAUGCACCUUAAACGGCACCUUGUUUUAGAGCAGGAAAACAAGAGGGGGAAAGUUCUUCCCCUCUCUGUGCAGCGCCUCCUGCCGCCUCACUGAAGGGGCGCUGGGCAGAGAGGGGGAGAAUUUUUUUUUCUUGUUCUCCCCCCUCUAAAACAAAGUGCGUCCUAUUGUCCGGUGCGUCCUAUGGUGCGAAAAAUACGUUAAUUGGGCUCCAAUCUGCAUAUCCAUCUGGGAAUUGCAAAUCAGGGAUGGUUACCUUUAAAAAAUGCAGACCAAAUGAAAUUCUUGAGUGUUCCUAACUGACUGUGGCAUAAUUUUGGAUUAAAUGUUGUGGAGCAGCCAGGAAAAUAGUGGCUCAAUCAUCUGACCUGUAGAGGCCAUUCUGAAGUUUCAUGACCCAUCCACCCAAAAACAAAUAUUUCCCAUGCUGUCUUAAAACCCAUGCAUGGCUACAGAAUAGUUUUUUGGGGUCUUUUGACCACUGGUAUCAGAACCUUCACCCUGGCAGCCACUUAAUAGCAAAAACACUGCUAACAGUCAGUAGCUUAUCUUACCCUUCUCUCCAUGCUCUCCAUCUGAAAGAGGCUCUUCCAUCCUUGUUUCUCUUUCUCAUUAUUAGCCCCAUAAACCAGAUCCAGAAACAGGAAGUAACCCUACCAGCCCUUACACACUUUUGUUUCCAGAAUUCCUGGGCCAUUUCACACCAGAUGCUCAAAACAGUUUUGCAUUUUCCAGCUCUGUACAUUGAACGGAAAAAACGACUCCCUUCUCUGCCCGUUUCUGUCUCUCCACACCCUCGCCCCUGUGGUCUAUGUUAGAAUCAUUCAGACAUGACAAAUAGACUGAAAUGAGUCCUUAAGUGUCUCUUGUGACACCUUUCCCAGUGUUUAAUAUACUCUUCCAUGAGAUCCAAUUUCUUAGGCACUUACUGUAACACUAUAGGCACUUAACACUACACUCAUCAGUUAUAACAUUAGAAAUGCAUUAUAAAAAUCUGACACCAGAGGACGCUGUAGAGCAGCGAGCCUUCAACGAUGGAAAACUGCAUUGUGAGUUAUAUAACUUUAUUGUUAAUAACGCUUUUCUAAAUCCAGCCCAAGUGUCUCCUAGGGCCAAACUGAACAUGACUUUGAUUUUUAUAUUUGUUUUGUCAAUUUAUAUACCACUUAAUUACAAUAGUCUCUAAACACUGUACAAUAAAGCUUAACAAAUGCAAUAGAGGUAACAUGAAAUUUAAAACCAACUGUACAAUCAGAAGUUGUUUAAGAUGCCUACUGAAAUCAAAAGGUCCUCAUGAGGCACUGGAAGUUCAACAGGUAGUUUUCAGCUUCAUGUUACCUGUAUCGUAUUUAUUAAGCUUUAUUGCCUAUCUAAUCUCAUCCACAAAAUUGGGUCCACAAGACUGAACACAUGGACCCUGGUAUUUACAAGCUGUGCAUCCGAGCCAUAGGGGACCACUAACAGUGACUUUUCUGGAGAUCUGAGGGAGCUAAGGAGUCAGGCAUUUCUUAAGGUAUCCUGGACCCAAGUUGCACAUGAACACACAAUUCUUGAACCUGGUCUGGUAGUGUGUGAACGGCCAGUGCAAGAUUUUCAACAGUCCAGGCACAGAAUUUGACACCAGCUGGAUGCUCCAGAUCCAGGGUCUUAAGCCUUUAUCUGGGUGGUUCUAAGCUCCACGACAACACCUGCGCUCUGUGGCUGCUUUUAAAGGUAUUCAGACUUACAGAAAUGAGGAAUGGCUGUUUUCACUCUCUCUCUCUGGGAGAGGUGGCAACGGUAUAAUAGCAUGUGACAUAGCAAUCUGGCUCUGAUUCUUACCUGUCCCCUUUCCUCCUUCAUCCUGCAAUAGAUUGUGGUGCAGAAAGGUGAGGAGCUGAAUGGGUACGUGAAAGUCUACACUGGCCGCAAGGUGGGGCUCUUCCCUGUCGACUUCCUGCAGGAGAUCUGAGGCCCAGCCCUGGCAUUUAUGGGUUUCAUGGCCAGAGCCGAAGGCCAGGUUGUUUCUUUGGAAAGAGAUUCCCAGCUACCAAGGACUCCCUGCAAUGGAGCUGGGUUCUGCGAGUGCCUGUGUGGCUCCCAGUGAAGAUAUUCCACCAGGACCUGUAUCUCUGAGCCAGGAUACAAGGCGAGGAGCACAUAAUUUUGUCACCUUUGGGCAGGGGGGCCCUUGGCUCUCCUCUUGGACUCUGGUGGUGGUGGCAGAUUCCAGAAUGUGUUUAGCCGUUAAUCCACUGAUGAUGUAAGCCACAGAGGUGCUGGGAUGCAGACAAAGCUGUUCUGCUUCCUGUCUGCAAAGGAAGUGGAUACUGAUUGUUCAUAUUGACUGCCAGACUAGACAAGUGGCAUUUGCUGCUGUCUCCUGCAGGUGGCACAAAGCUUGUGUGUGUGUGUUUACUUGGAGGCAAAUGGCUGUCCCUUUGCUGGUGGUGGUGCAACUCCCAGCAUUAUUGGAUUGCUUAGAUUUUGUUAUGUUUUGCCUAUAUAUGUUAUCUUUCCCUACCCCUCAGUAGCCUGCUUACCUACUUUAGCAUAAAGCUGCAGGACGUGGGGUCAGCGUCCAAUGAAGUGACCUGGUUUUCUCGGUUGGGCUAAUCAGCUCCAGUUAUGUUAAAAUGAUAUACCUCUCCCAUUAUCCUUUUCUUCCAUUUUCCUGCUGUUGUGAAACUGAAUCUUUUUAGAUUGUUUCCUUUUAGGCACCUUCUGGUCUCGCUUAUGAGGGAGGCCAGAUGUUCUAGACAACUGAAUUUCUUUACAACAUGUAUAUACAUGCAUUUCUCUAUACACGGUCAGUGCUAUGACUUUCUUUCUGGGGGAGGGAGCAUGCAAGGUGACACAGCCAAGUGGGAAAGUUGCAUGUUAUGGAAAAAGAGCAUUGCCUGUUUCUAUGAUCCUUGUGCACUUUGAGGUGGCUCAGAAAGCCUAAGAGUCCAUGCUGAAUCGAGCCCUUUGGAUGCUAUGAGAAUAAAGCAACAAAGGGGCUUACAAGUAAUGCUCCCAUUCUUCUUUUUCCAUGCUUGCAUUAUAAUAUCUGAACUGGCCACAUGUGCACCUUCUCCACAGAGGUAUGCACUCACAUGCUCAUCUGGAAUUCCUGAAUCACUUGCUGGGAGAGAGGCCCCAGAAGAUGGUCUGGGAGCUCUUAUUUGUACAUCUGAAUCUGCCUUAGUGAAAGUCCAAUUCCUUGCAUGACAGAGAAGACUGUUUUCUCCUUCUAAUAUUCAAGAUUACUGGAGAACAAUGACACAAGGAUAGUGAGGGUACUACAUAAAUUGAGCCUGUCCUGCUCUGAGAUAUUGCCAGGAUUUAGGGUUGCUGAGAAAGUUACAGAUAGUAUUUGAUGACUAGGCUUGUAAUGUGGGGUCAGCUCAUUUGUAGUACGCAAUCUCCUGAUACUCUUGGUGCAAUUGCACUCAUUUCACGAAAGCCUGUUGCCUGCUCACAUGGAACACAGACAAAGUUUAUUUGUGCACACAUUCUCAUGUGCAGUUAUGGUGUCUGGGGCUUACUUUCACACCUGCACACUGAGGAGGCACUCAACAUUUGCUUUCAUGAGAGACCAUGCAAGCUUGCAGAUAGCCCACUUCCUCAGUCUCAUUUACUCACAGUUGAUCACAUGUGCCAAAGCACACUAAGGAAUCAACAGGCUCCAAAGCAUGCUUAGCUGACACCCACAUUUACAUACAACGCACAUACAUUUUGGUGCCCUUCAUAGCAUCUGUUGAUGUCCAUUAUCCUGAUAGCCUGAAAGAGAGAAGUUUUUCUCCCUCUCUCUUAACUCUAGAACUCACGGAUAUCCAGUGAAGCUGAAUGCUGGAAGGUUCAGGACAGACAAAAGAAAAUACUUCUUCACAUAGCUAAACUGUGGAAUACGCUCCCCCAAUAAGCAGUGGCAGCUACUAACUUGGAGAGCUUUAAAAGAGGAUUAGACAAGGGAGGGAGGAUAAGGCAAUCAAUGGCUAUUAGCCAUAAUGGCUGUGUUCUGCCUCUGCUGUUGGAAUGGACAGCUAUUGCGCUCAUGUCCUGCUUGUGGCCCUUCCUUAGGCAUCUGGUUGGCCACUGUGAGAACAGGAAUGCUGGACCAGAUGGGCCUUUGGCCUGAUCCAGCAGGAGAGUCACAGGUUCCCCAAUACUGCGUUUAAAGCCUAGGAAGUCGUCUACUUCCUGUGUCCCCAAAAUGGGCACUUUGCCGUUUCAGAUAAGCGUCCAGUGGGGGUGGGGUGGGGAGUGAAAAGGAGAACAAAGCAGGGCUAGGUACUUGCAGCACAAUCCUGACCAUGUCUACCAAGAAGUAAAUCCCACUGAAUUCAAUGCAGUUUACCCCCAGGUAAGUGGGAUUAGGAUAGCAGCCUUUGUCUCUUGUUCAUUUUACCUUCUUUACAGCUUUAUGAACUCCAAGUAAUUUUUGCGCCAAAGGAUUUGUGUUACCAGCUACAUUUCAGCUUCACUCAGAGCUCAAGUUGGGUCCUGUGUGGGCAAGGAAGAGAAGUUAGCAAAUAGGGUUAAUAUGUACUUGUCAGGAUAUGUGUGCAGGAAGUGUUGGCAUAGUCCUCUGAUCAAGAUGGCUAGAGCAAUGAAAAAUAAAUGUAUACUGUGGGUGCUAAGUGCUUUUGAAUAUACACCUCCAGCUGCCUGUCCCAGAACCUUUCAGGGUUGUAUCUGUGAGGAGCGAUUCAAAGUGGGAAUGAUGGAGUUGGGCUAGAUAAGGCAACAUGAAAUCAAACAUGUUUUUUUGGUCCCUAAUACAAGCGUAACCCAGUGUCUACACCACCUUACCUGUCUCUUGUCUCAUUUGAUCUCAAAUGAUAAGAUGAGGGCAGGUGAUGAGAAGCCAUUGUUUUGGACAUAUUUGAAACAUCUACCCAGGGACUUGUGUCUGUUAGUGGCAGAUACAAGGCUAUCAUACAAGUCUCCCUGUAUGUCAUUGCACAGCACAAAUGGGGAAUUUGGUAUCUGAUGCAGAAUUUAGUAUCCUGAGGAUCUCAGCAUUCUGUGUUUUUUAAGCAGCUUUCUAAUCCAUAAACCACUGGAGACAAAAUUGAAAAUGGCUGGUCAAAAGUCUAGUGGAAUCUCAAACUGGGAUGGGGCUGAACAGGAGUUCCAGUUGUCAUGGCACAAAGUAUGCUUUAUUCAUAGAAGUAGAAUAAAAUCUGUGAAAAGUGUAAGC